UUGAGGAGCUGAAAUAAUUUUAAUUCUGACGUACGACGUAGAAGGGUGAUGAACUUUUGAUAGAUGAUUGCUAAAAUUCUUUAAAAACAUAGAAACAAUAUUUCGAAAAUUUCAAUAUAAAUACUAGUUAUGUUUCGUUCGUCUGCACAAAUUUCGUGAUAUUUGGUCGACUGAAAGGCAAGAAAAUGGCUUCAGAUGCAGAGUCUUUACUUGCUCUCGAGGGGCUGAUGAACGAAUUCUUCGCGCCUACUACUACGAAUCAAAGGAAACGAGAAAUAGAGGAACUAUUAAACAACUUCAGUGCGCAAACUGGAUCAUGGCGUCAUUGUUUUUACUUCCUAACGCAUUCACAGAAUGAGUAUGUUAUGAUGUAUGCACUUAGUGUGUUUGAGACUGUAAUAAAUCGACAAUGGAUUGGAAUCGUAGGGGAGGACAAGAUCCAGAUACGCAAUGGAUUAUCCAAGUUCCUGCUUUCGCAUCACAAGGCCGUUCCAAGUUCCAUACGUAACAAACUUAUCAAAGUAAUAGUGUGCAUCGCUCGUCUUGAUUGGCCCCAUUUUUAUCCAGAUUUCUUUAGUAAUAUUUUACAGCUGAUUCAACAAUCUCAGACGGCAUCUCUAGGCCUCAUGCUUCUGCACACAACAUCGGAGGAACUGGCAGCUCCGAGGGAAGACCUAAGUGCCUCAAGGAAAGAAGAAUUGAACAGACUCCUUCAGGAUCAGAUUCCCACCGUACUAAACAUCAUCACACACAUAUUAGAGAGCAUUCUUGAUAAACACAGACAGCUGGUGAUAACGGCAACACCGCCCCCAUCGCCAACUCAUGGUGAUGAUGACAGCCAAGAUGCGUUCACCAACAAUAUCGCGUAUGGUACAUCUCCAUUACAGUCAGGGAGCUCAUUAAUAAGGAAUAUAUUUAACUCGCCUCAGACGAGCAAACAGAACUUGCAACCUCUGCCGCCUCUUGAUCAGGACAGUGAACACCUGAGCAACCUCGCUCUUCAUUGUCUUGCACACCUCUUCAGCUGGAUCCCUCUGUCGUGCCACAUCACCACGCGACUCCUAACAACUAUCUUUCAUUUUGCCAACUUUGGUUGUGAUAUUGAGUCGGUGCAGAGUGGCACGUCGCCGUACCAUCUGAACGAUAGCUUUAGCUCGAGCGGCAGCUCGUCGCUGGGCGUCCUUGCAAUGUGCUGUAUUAACGAGAUUAUGUCUAAGAACUGCAUUCCCGCGGACUUUGAGGAAUUUCUUCUGAAGAUGUUCCAGCAGUCUUUUCAUCUGUUACAACGAAUGACCAAAGACAAUACGGCACAGUCAGUAGGCAACAAAAUACAAGAAUUAGAUGAAAGUUAUGUAGAGAAAUUCACUGAAUUCCUGCGACUGUUUGUUAGCAUACAUUUAAGAAGGUUUGAAGGCAAUUCUCAUUUUCCAAUUCUAGAGUUUUUAUCAUUACUCUACAAAUACACAUUCAAACAGGCUAGUAAUGAAGGUUUCUUUGCAUGCCUGGACAUAUGGAACGUAUUUUUAGAUUAUCUAAUUACCAGGAGUCGAGCGAGGGAGCCAGAGGCAAAUCAAGUUGUCAACAGCUACAGUGAAGCAUUAGAAUCUUUAAUGGAAGCUCUUUUGUUCAAGAUGCAGUUCCGAUGUAACCAGGUACAACUGGAGGAGCUUGAUGACGAGGUUGUAGAUGAUGAUGCUGAAACAGAGUGGCAGCAUUUUUUAUGUAACUGUUUAGAAGUUGUUGCCAAGACGGCAGAGCUACUACCAAGGUCGGCAUUUCAAUUCUUGUUUCAGAUAUUUCAAGAGAACUUAGAUGUAUAUCUUGGAUUAGGUGUCUUUAUUAUUGAAUCAUCUGAAGGCCAGAAAUUAAACAUUACAGCUGAGAACGAGGUGCGGCGCUUGCAUUGUAGUUUGCGAGAUUUAUCCUCUAUGCUACAAGCAUUAGGAAGAAUGUCGGAGCAUUUUACUGCAGAAAAAUUUCAUCCAAGGUUUGACAAUGCACUGCAGUUAGUCCAGAAGUGAGUAUUUGCAUUUAUACAUAAUAAACUCAAAUCGAUACAUAAUAAAUUAUUUUCACCACAAUGCAUUUUGAUAAAAAAAAUUAAUAUUGUGCAUGCUGAGUGUCUUGCGGCAUUGCAGGCCUUCAAUCAGUGGUUUGCUCAGUUCUACCUUGAAAGUAAGCGCCAGGCAGGAGACCAAUACCAGCACCAGUUUACACCCAUCAUCACUAAGACAAUCGAAUCAAUUGUACCACUAUUCAACAAACAGACACCAGAGAAGGUGCUUUUGUCAGCAUCGCAUCUCUUUCUUUCAAUAUCAACCAGUGUCCGUCCACCGUUCCUUGUUGAGUUACCAUUGGUACAGAAACUGUUCACAGAAGUUAGCCAGGGCUCACUAAAUGGCAUGCCAAUAGAGGUGGAACUUCUCAUUGUCCGCGCCUUAUCUAACAUCCUGGUGUUAGCCUGGCCAAAUGUGACGGAGAACUCGCAGAACUGGGGGUCACGCUCUGCAAACCACUCCGGUUUUAUGAAGAGGAUUACAUUAGAAUAUUGCCAGAUUAAAGAUAUUCCAAACUUUGCCAAAGACAAAAUGCUCCAGAACAGAGCAAAACCGUGCAUGAAGAGGACGCUACAUUUGCUAGCAAACCAUGUGGAUGCUGUGUCGGGUGAAGUGUCAAAAACAAAGCAGAUUGUCUUCCAGUCACUCAAGGAAUGCAUAGAGGUUACACUAGCACUUUUCCCAAUUUACAUUAACCAAGCAGAUGUGGUUGAUGAAAUGAUGAGUUUCUAUUUGGCAAUAAUCCAGGGACUCCGGGUCCAGAUGGGUGUGGCUAGUAUCCAGGCAACAAUAACAGUUUUCAUGAACUUAUUCACUAGGGAGCAAUUGACAGCCAUUAUCAUGAAUGAAGGAAGCUCAGGUGUACGAGUUGUAGAGAAGUUUUUACAAAUACUGGAGUUAAUUUUGCAAGAGCCAGGCUCAGCAUUCAAAGGGUUCCUGCCAACCAUUAUUAGCAUAUGUAUGCAACAAAUUUACCCAAUAAUUGCAGAGAGGCAGUCACCAGACAUUAAAUUGGUACUUUUUAAACUGCUCUUUGAACUUCUACAAAACAAGUGGCGGUAUUUCUUCCCUUCGUCUAUUCUUUCCAAGAUGCAAUCUGACACAGAAGCCGUGGACCACACGGAUGAGUUCAUUGUUAUGAUGCAGUCUUUCGGCCAGUCUUUCUUGCAACCUGACAUUGCAGUCUUCCGACAAAACCUAGAAUCCUUAGAGAAGCUGAACGAGAAACUGAAAUUGUACCAUAAGAAAAUUUUCCGUGAGAUGAUGCUUGUGCCUUUUCUGAACGUUCUUCUUCAAGUGUUGCUGCACAAGUCACAUGAUCUGCUACAGGAGGAGAUUGUGCAAACCAUUUAUAAUAUGGCUGCCGUAGACUUUGAUAACUUCUAUGUUACAUUCCUGUGUCAGUUUUUAGAGGGUGCAGAGGGCAUUGACCCUAAUCAAAGGUCGGUUCUUGAAAGGAACUUCAAGAAGGAUAGGGAUUAUCCAACAUUCACGCAAAACCUACAGAGGUUUGUCAACGAUCUACGCUAUUACAGACUCUGUAAUAGCGCCCUCCCUGCUGGCUCAGUCAAGCUUUGAUGACGAGUGUAUUCCAAAACAUACGGAUUGUCUAUGCAAAGAAUGUAUUGAGGAGGCCGAGGAUGUUGUAGAAACAAAAAGGAGCGUUAUGUAGUCAGUUGGAGCAUUUUCCUUAUUAUUCCUGACGUAACGAAUUGGAUUCAUGCCUUGAAGUUGAAAGUGCGCUUACAGCGAUGACGACGAGAACUCGAAACCAUUCCUAAGAUGUGUCGAAUACAUUCGUGUGUAUGGUUACAGUUUAAUGGCUGUUGAAAAGAGAAUCAAUUUUAUCACUUAACAUAUCUUCAGAUGUUUUUCAAAGAAUAUUUUCAGAUGUUCAUUCCAUCGUAAAUCACGUACAAUGUUUUCAAUUGAGAAGCGAUAUUUUAUUUUGUCAAAUUAUUCAGCAACACCAAAACAUAACAAGUAUUUUUUUCUGAAUACAUAACCACAUGACCAAAUAAUUGUUAAAAGUUUUUUUGUUAUCUCCUUGACAUUUUUUUAGUUAAAUUCCAAACAGAUAGGCAGAUUUCAGAGUUGUGUACUACAAGACUGUACAAUAUUUUUAAAAGAAGCAAAAUCUGACAAAUAGAUUAGCCACAAUGAACUUUUUAAUUGUGUUUGUGUGUGUGCUGCCUCAUUUGUUUUUUUUUUGGAUGCGCAUCUGCCUAUAGAUGGCAGUGUUUGGUACAGUAUUACAAAAGUUGUUUUGGGACUUGAUAAAAUAGCUGACCCACCUGAAUCGUUUCCAGUCAGUUGGAAAAAAUUAGCAAAACAGUGGCAUUAUAUUGACAUGACCUUAUUUAAGCACAUCAUGACUAUAUAUGGGCAUACAACAGUUUUUUUGUCGAAGAAAAUUUGAUAGUGGACAGAGCUUUAGUUAUUGCUAGUUUAAAAGUUGAAAGCCUGAUUAUGCAAAACCGAAGCUGUUUAAUGAAUCAGUAUUGAAAUGUCUGGGUUAUGUUAUCCAAUGUGUAUUUGCCUACAGGUGGCAGUGUUGAGUUUACAUUUUUUAUCAUCACUACCAUCUAUAGCCAAAUAUUGUUAUAUAAUAUAAGCUGUGUUGAAAACCAGCAAAAGCUCGAGAAUAAAAACGCAAGUUUACGUACUUAUUCAAUUACUAUAUGAUGUUAUACCAUAAAGCCUUGAAUGGAAGCCCAGUGAGCUUAAUCUCGAAAAGUAGCCCAACUUGAAUUGAAGCCCGCCUCUUCAGUUUGCAUAAGUAGCCUCGAAAUGAAGCCUGUCUCGAAAAGAAGCCCAUGGGCUUCUUCUCAAGAUAGCAUGGGUUACUUUUUGAGAUAGUACAAUACAUACACUGUACAUGAAUUUCAAAGAAACAAAAAUAUAUUAAAAACGUUCUUGGUUUACACAAUAAGUUAGGUGAUUUAAUCCCUGUUAAUACACUCUAUGAUACUGACUGAUGUUACAGUGACCCUAUUUAUUGUUUUAUAGUAGUAAUUCCCAAAAUUUACAGCAUUAAUUUUGAAAGGACGCCCCCUGUUACUUUGCAAAACUAGCAAAAAAAAAAGGAAGUCCAUCUCGAAUAGAAGCCCAUCUUGAAAGGAAUCCCAUCCAAAGAUUGCAAAAAAAAGAAGCCCUGGCCUCUUAUUCAAGGUUUUACGGUAUUUUGUUUGGCUAUAAUUAAUACUUUUUUUAAGGUAAGGUUGGAGCCUCCACGACCAUUGCCUUGCGAAGGUAGUGCAAAUUGGUAUCUGUUGCACUUGGAAUAUUUUGUUUUCUUAUGACCUUAAGAGUAUGCAUAGGUUUCUCUAGGAGAGAGCAUUUUCUAUACCUUGUGUCGCUUAGAAUAAAAACUAACCACUAUAUUAAACUACCAUAUAGGUAGAAAUUGAGAUUAAACAGAAUUAUUUCUAUAUCUAGUUCAUUAAAAAUGUGUCUAUUUUGACCAAGAUCAAUUACAACUAAAACUAAUCUUCAAAUAUGACUUAUAAUUUAUAAAUAUUCAGUAUUAUUUUCUUGAUAGUAAUUAUACUAAUAUUUAACUAAUGAAGUGUAUAGACCUCUAUGCACUGGGUAAGAAAAUAACUGUUAAAUAAAACAAACCAAGAAACUAAUCUUAAUCUAGGCUUAAAAACUAAGCUUGAUUUUUAUUCUAAACAUGGUUGGCUUGGCACUAAUGUGGCCAUUUGUUCCUUUAAGAUUCCCCCUUUUCUCUAUAUGUGUUUAUUUUUUUCUUAUCAGUUCAGAUCGCAGUCUAUAACAAUGUAUUAUAGAAAGAUAAAUAAUUUAUUUUUUGAUUCUUUCACCAGACACAAAUCUCAGAUGAAUUUUCCCCACCUAAAGAACUUUAAUACUUUUUUAAUUUAAAUAUUGUUGAGCGUAUUUGUGUAAAGCGUAGAUUACAUAAUGAGAAUAUAGAUUUCAUAUUUAUUUUUUAUAAGACCAGUCUGUAUGGAUUUAAUUAUAUUUAUUGUAUUUCUGUCUGUCGCUGGUACAAUUACUUUCUUUUCAGUUUGCAUAAUGGACCUUUCUGGCGUGUCAAUCAAACAUUACAACUGACCAAUCAGAACAGUGCCAGAAAUACGCACGUGUUUUUACACUGUCGUUUUGUGGGACCUUAGCAACAAUAUCCAAGGGGCGGGG